AUGCCAUGGGGUGGGCUGACGCUUGAAAAGGUUCGAGGGCCCAAGCCACCAUCCCAAGAGAAGCCGUGCAGAGUGGGAGAUGUGGAAGAACGGAAAGGAGAGGGGCCAGAGAGGCUAGGAGCUGAGGAAGACUCGGAGAAGCUGCAGCUGCUGUGUCGGGACGACAUGGUUCACUACCUGGAUGUGAGGGACGUGUGGGGUGUGGCAGUGUGCGAGUGCUGCUUCCACCGCGCUGUCAGCCAGCGCACCCAGCACGCCCUCGUCAUGACCACCCUCAAAGCCCUCUGCUCCCACGUGCAGUCGCCACAGCCUGCGUCCAUCCCGCUCGCUCCCGACCGCCAGGCCCAGGCUGACGUGCACGUUGAAAUGAAGGGCGAGAUGGCCGCUCUCAUCUGUGCGGAGGCCAUGCUGCUCGAGUGGAUGGCUGAGCCGCGUGUGGGCGUGCUGACAGACUUGGGCACGAUCAGAUCCCGCCUGCCUGCCAUCAUGGCUGCUACACAUUGCCCAGCUGCUAAAGCUUCCCCUGCCGCUGCUCCUCCUGACGCCCUGCCGGGUUGUGCGCCAUAG